CGUGAGCAAUAAUAGCAGCAUGGAUGAAAAGGGCGGUUAAAAAUCGGGGUUGCUCUUUCGAAGCAAGGAGAGUGCGCUGCGGAAGCACGUGGCGGGUAUAAGAAGAGCCGCGCGUAUCGUUACUAGUCACUGUACAUCUUAUUUUAGCAGAGCUCGCAAGUGUCGCGCGUACCGUACGAUAUAUUUGCAUAGGACGAAAAGGAACGGUGGUGAGACGAUUUUUCGUAAUCAUAACAUCCCAUUAAGUGAAGAAUUAGUUUUCGAAACAGAAACUGCGGAUAGGUUUCAACAGUGAAAUACGAUACCAGUGUAAGAGGCAUGUGGUUGGCGCUUCCUAUGGUUUCUCUUUUGAUACGCGCGAUUCUCGCAAAUUCAGAAAUCGACAAUAUGGUCCUACCGGACAUAAUGGACCUUGAAAACGAAAGCGACGAUAUACUGACCGAUAAUUAUACCGAAAGACCUGGGAACGAUAUAUGGAAAGUGUGGAAAAAGACAUCGUUCGACCCUUGGAGUGGUAAACGAGCAAAAGAGUAUUCUCGAUCGAAAAUCGAUUCACAAGGAAAACGAACGAAACUUACACACGAUUGGUACGAUCAAGACACACCUACGAAUGAAUUUAGCAAUGUUAAAAGAAUAACAGAAAGUGUCGAGUGGACGCCUUUUAAUAGUUGGGGUGGAAAAAGAGCGGAGAAACUGAACAAUCGAGAUUCAAUUUUAGCAUUAACGAGAGAUCCUCAUAACCUUCACCCGAUGGCAAAAGAUGAACUCAUUGCAGGAAGAAAACUUGGCGACGAAAAACUCGCUAUCGAAAUGAAGAAUUGGUUAUCUUCUAUGUGUAACACCUGCGCUAAAAAACAUUGUUGCAGUGAAAUUGAGAAGAAAACGGAACAAAACGAACAAUAUAAGAAACCCAGAGCGUGGGGUCCAUGGCAUGGGAAAAGAAGUUUAAAAACAUAUACCUUUCGUUUCGGAAAUGAAUACUUCACGGUACCGGCCAAUUCUAUAAAAGGCGAGAGGAACUUUUCUCCUUUCAGAGAACACAAUUAAUCGCACACUGAUUAUUCUAUCCGAUUAGAUAAAUCCAUAGAACGUCAUAAAAUUUGUAAAGCGGUUUGGCGCGUUCGAUUCUAUUCUACUUUGUACAAUCGUGUAUCUUCUGUUUGGAACACGUUUAUCCGAUCUAAUUGUGCAGGAGAUUGGAAAUAAAUAAGUUCUUUAAUAUCUGUAACAUUCGAAUUUUGGAUGCGAAAUAUGUCAAGUGAUAUAUGUACACAUAUGUGUUAUAUAGCAUUAUGAAUAAAUAUCUGUUUAAUCAGAA